ACCGAGGUGCGGUCGGCUGACGGGCGCGGCGGGUCGACAGAUCGGUCCGAGACCCGCGCCCGACAGGUCACGGUCCUGAGUCGCCGCGAUGGGGAUCACUGUGCUGCCGCUGGUGCUGGCGCUGGCUCUGAUGACGGCCGUUGUCCCGGCGACGGGGACGAUCCGCUCGGAGCACGAGUGUCUGGCGUCAUACGCCGUCUCCCAGCAGUGGCGCUCCGUUACCGUGUUUGACCAGAGACCGGGCGCGUCAGACAGAGGUGUUCUGGUGUCGCUGCUGACGGCGUUGUUGCGGCGUAAGAUGUUCGUGCAGCUGUCCGCCGAGCCUGUAGCUACCGGCUCCGAGUGUCCGUCUGAUUCGGACGGCCACUCUGACACGGACGCCGCCGUGCUGCUGCGGCCGGCCGGCGGCGCGCAGCUCUGUCCGCGCGGCGCGCUGCACGCCUGGACCGAGGUGCGCCGCGCCGGCCGCGGCGGCGGCACCUUCAUCAACGUCCGCUGGGACGCCGCCAGAGGCCGCAUGGCCCCCGUCGACAGCGUCGACUGCUUCGGCGGCCGGCUGACGGCGCAGCCGGUCGCCCGGUCCACCGGCGACUUUCGGGGCGUGCUGCGAGACGUGCACGUGACGGUCAGCAUAGUGGGCAGGGCGAACGGGCAGCCGAUGGACGGCCGCGGCGGCGGCAUCUCCAACCUGCGCGGGAUGGCGUUCUCCGAGCACGGCGAGGGCGUGCUGCUGCGGUACAUGAGCGAAACGCUCGGCUUCUCCUACUCCAUCCGCCUCGUGUCUCACGUGCCUGACGGAAACUCCUUCAACGAGCAGGAGAACAUGCUGGCCAACAACUCCGUGGACAUGACGGUGAACUCGCUGACGCAGACGGUGCGCCGCUCGUCGAUGAUGAGGUUCUCCUUCCCGACGUCGACGUUUCAGGACCGGGUGGCCAUCCAGCGUCCGCGCGUCGCUCGGCGCCCGUUCGAGCCCAAAAGGCCGUUCAGCCGCGCGGCCUGGAUCGCCGUGGUGCUGUGCGUCACGCUGCUCGCGCUCUGGAUGGCCGGCUGUCAGGCGCUGGCCGUCUUCAGCACGGCGGACGGCCGGCGCAGCGCCUUCCGCCGGGAGCUGUCCUUCCUGGCCGGCUGGUGGACGCUGGCGGCGAUGGUGUGCAAACAGUACGGACGCGGACUGCCCGUACCCACCCGCGUCUCAGACGCCGUCUUUUGCUUCCUCUGCUUCGGCUUCACCUUCCUGGUCGGCAGCUACUACAUCAGCGUCAUCCACAGCUUCAUGGCGCUGGAUAGGCCGCAGCUGCCGUACAGCACCAUUCGCCAGGGUUUGGAGACGGGCAGCCUCAGCGUCGGCUACAACAAGGGCGGCGUCAUGGAGCGGAAAAUUCUGACGGCGCGAGACCCGCUGCUGCAGCUCAUCGCCAAACACGAGCACGCCCGGCCGUCCGGCGUGGACUUCUGGUCCCAGGAGAGCGACCAGCUGGACGCCUGGCUGCGGGCCGGACCUCACCACGGCUUCCUGCUGGCGGAGGAGGACCUGGAGACUCACCAGGCGCUCCACCCCGACUCCAGCUGCAACAUCUGCUUCCUGCCGGAGCUGGUGAGCACGCGGCCCAGCGGCGUGGCCUACAGCCACCAGUUCCGGCACAGUCGGCUGCUGGACCUGCAGCUGCUGCGGCUGCGCGAGCUGGGCCUGCUGCAGCGCGUGGCCGGCCGGCGCCGCGAGCCGGCCGCGCUGUGCCAGCUGCGCGCGGAGCCGGCGCGCUGGCAGCCGCUCGGCCUGGAGGAUCUGAGCGCCGUGCUGGCGCUGGUGCCGCUCGGCAUUGCUGCCGCGCUCGUGGUGCUGGCCGCCGAGAGGGCCGUCCACCUGAUCAGCACCGUCGCCGCCGAGCGCACCGUGACACACAUCCCCUGAUCGGGAGCUGGCGACGAGGGGCGGUGGGCCAGAAGACACAGCAGCAACGGGCCGUAGCGUCCCCAUGGUGUCCGAUAUAAUGUGAUAACUUUCUUGGGGACUUCUCCCCGUGUGCCAUUCAAAUCAUCCACGUUUAGGGCCUUAAAAUGUUACACACAUGUUCAGUGCACUGUUAAUUUGCUUAGGCGCCACACAAAGCGUAGAUACGGAUUGUACAUAUUAUUCCACAGCACUGGGCCUCUUGUUGUGAUAUGGUCUUCCUUUGCGGUGUUGUGGCGAGUUAGUAGCGGUGAAGUUUAGUCUGCACCAGAUUUUCGUGGUGCGGUAUGAGAGUCGCUCCUAUGAGCUGACCGACAGCGAGAGCUCGGUUUGAGUCAAGCCGGCCACACUCCGAUGUCAUGCAUGGAAUGCUCGUGCUGAGGUCAUUGGUUUCAGUCGUCAUAGAUGAGCUCCGUUAACGGUUUAGGGUCGUAGAUCAUAUCUGAGUGUCGCGAACCGAUUCCACCUGCUUUUAACAACAUUUAGUUGUUCACACGCCUGCAAUAUUUCAACGCUCGAGCGAUUGUGCCAUGGACAGAGCCUGCAGCUGCACGCAACAAGCGCGUCCUGUCUGUCACACGCGGGCUCUGAAGUAACUUUAAGGCAUGCUGGACACUGGUCAGUGGACACUCAAUAAAUCGACGUUUAAGAAUAAACAAA